AUGGCACCUCUCAGCGGCGCAUCCUCCCAUAGCCCUUACAGUGACGGGAACUUCGCCACAGUGGUGGCGGUGUGUGACUACACGGCGACGCUGGACGGGUGCAUCUCGUGCCGUAAGGGCGACCACGGGCAGCUCCUGGACGUCAACUCCCGGGGCUGGUGGUACGUCCGCAUCGGCAUGGUGGAGGGCUGGGUCCCCGGGGACUACUGGGAGGUCGUCAAGCAUUCUCAGCCCCGAGUAUCGGGACACCGGGCUUCUCCCAUUUCCCACUCCACCUUCAGGGGACCGCGGUAUUUCACCUUCGAGACGGAGCCCUGGUAUCACGGGCGGCUGAGCCGGCAUGAAGCUGAGAGCAGACUGCUGCGUUACGCCCGGUCCAGGGACUUCUUAGUGCGCCAGAGCACACAUAGGGUCGGAGACUUUGUCCUUUCCGUGCUUUUCUGUGACAAAAUCCAUCAUUUCACCAUAGAGACCACCGCCGACGGACGUUUCUUCAUCGGGAAGCACUACUUCAAAGAGAUGGUCAGCAUCGUCUGUUACUACCAGCACAACACCCUGUUCUUCUCCGAGGACAAGGACCCCAUAUCGCUGGGACAGCCUCUCAUCAUUCCCUGCCGAGAUUUCUGACCUCCCCCUCAGCACCUCCGACAGCGACACCGACUGGGACUGCUCCGAUUGUUGAAGAAUCACACGUUACCGAAUCGAGCAUGUCGGCAGAACGUACUGCACUUCGGCCGAACGUCCCAUAUAAGGUUGUAUUCAUGCAUAUGAGGUUAACAUGCAAAUGUUAUGUCAUAAAAGAUAUUGUCUGCAACAGGCAAAAUAUUGAUGCAACGUUGACCAGAAUCCAGCUAAAACUGUGAAGAAUCGAGUUUCGCACAGGCGCAGUACGCUCUG